AUGCCCUACACAGACCCUCCGAUUCUCUCAGUUUACCCAAGUCGAGCUCUUGUUGAUGAGGCGUUCAAGGUCUUGGUGGAGAAUCUGCCUCCAGGAUGUCCGGUAACAGUCCACUCUCUGCACCUCUCUGAGGAUGACAAUUACUGGGAGGCUUAUGGUCAUUAUAUCAGUGAUCACAGAGGAUCAGUAUCUGUUUCAGAAGAUGUGAGUUUUGGGGGGACGUACACAGGAAAAGAGCCGAUGGGUUUGCUGUGGAGUUUGCGUCCUGUACCAGGGAGCCGUCAAGGUCUAAGGUUAAGGAAAAUGAAUGUCUGCACGCCCAUGCUGGUGAACAUCUCAGUGCACUGUGGACAUUUAGUGGAGGCCUUCAGAGACCAGACUCCUCUGGCCUCGGUGCUCACAGAGAGAUGGUACAUGGCUCCAGGAGUCAAAAGGAUCGAUAUCAGAGAGAGAGGAAUGAGAGGGACUCUGUUUAUACCCCCAGGCCCGGGACCUUUCCCUGGACUGUUGGACCUGUGGGGAGGGGGUGGAGGUCUGCUGGAGCAUCGUGCAGCCUUGUUGGCAUCUCAUGGCUUUGUUAGUCUGGCACUGGAAUAUCUCACAUCUGGAGAGAUUCCAACAGCGCGAUUGGAUUACAAUUAUUUUGAGAAAGCAUUUAAUAUCAUUCAGGAUCAUCCUCUAGUGACGCCAGACAGAGUUGGAAUAUUUGGUCUUUCCCUUGGUUCAUUCGUAACUUUUAACCUGGCAGCUAAAAGCACCAUUAUUAAUCCUCGUUGUUGUGUUUGCAUCAGUGGGUUCCACUGUCAUCCAUACAGGUCCAUGGGUGAAAUGAUACAAACGAAUCUCAACAAGCUACAUGUGGAUGAGAACAACUAUCAAAUUUGGAGGGACAUGAGCCUACCCAUACCCAGUGACAUCUCAAAGAAAGUAGAUAUGGGGAAAAUAAAGUGUCCAUUGUUGUUGGUAUGUGGUCACGAUGAUCAGAGCUAUCCUGCAGUAGAGUUGGCUGAAGAUAUUGCCCAAAUGGUGCAUGCAGCUGGGAAGGAUCACCUGCUGACCAAGGUGUUUUACCACGGUACCGGACAUAUGAUAGAGCCGCCCUACUCCCCACACUUCAGAGCCACUACUUUCAUGGCAAAAACCAAACCCAAAGUGAUUCUGCUGUGGGGAGGACAAACCAAACCUCAUUCAGACGCUCAGGAAGACUCCUGGAAGAAGAUCUUGGCUUUUCUGCAGCACCAUCUGUACUCCACUCCAAAUCCUAGAGCCAAGAUGUGAUGGACUACAAAGCACAUACAGCAUGAAUCAUUACAGAAAUAAUAUACUUCAGCAUGAUGAUAUGGUGUCAGGUCUUAUCAUUAUAGGCCUUGAAUACCAUGUACUUAACAAAGAACUCUUCUGUCCUUUAGACUCUCUGCUGUUGGAGAUAAAGACCUGAUCAGUUGCCAUAAAUUAUUAUUUAAAUUAACACAUGUUACAGAGGUGUUUUAACCACAUAGACCAUAUACAUUACUGCUGUACUGUAUACUAUUCCUCCAUAAGAUAUUUUCUUUAUAAAUA